AUGUGGUCGGCCACGACACAAGGAUUUUACUUUGGGACUGGAUUUGACCCUGAUCUUCGGCCGGUCCGAGCAUUGGCAUCGACUUUCGUUUCUGGUUACGAGCAUCAAUUCAUUUCGUCUCCGUUGGCACUCUUGAGUAUUGGAAGCAUUCGAUGGAGUCUUGGAAAAGUUAACUUGGACGAUUUGAGACUCGCGAUGCAUGAAGCGUCGGAGUUGUGCGAGAUUAAUCUUCCCGUAGCUUGUAUUACUAUCAUCUUUCCGUCCAGAUGUACACCUUUCACUUCUGCUGAUCCGCUGAGCCAGACACGAAUGGAUCUAAAACGCAUCUACUUUCUAUCACGCCGAUGCGAGGAAGUCUUGGCAAUGUUCUUGGGCGACAACAUCUGUCUUCACCCGGGACACAGCGUCGAAAUCUCGUUCCUAUUGUGGACCUUGAUCGUUCGACCUAGAUUCCGUGCCUCCAAACCGCAGUUGUACAAACAAAGCCAAGUCCGACUCGAAGGUUCAAAUCUAUGUGAUCGCAAGACCACUGUGCCGACCAUCUUCUUGAAGCCAACGGUGUAUGAAACAGAGGAAGUCCUGGGCCAUGCUGGGCCGUGGCUGUCAUUAAAUGGCCGCACACCACAUUCGCUGACCAAAGAUUCUCCUUCGACGCUUUUUGUCGACCACAUGCGAUUACUCGUUUGGGUUAUGAGCAGCUAUGAGCUGCCUCGCAAACCCAUUAGAAUUUGCAUAUCACUUCCAUUCUAUCGUGCUGCUCUUGAAGGAACUGCAUCUUCCUCUUUAUUUUCUACCAUCCUGCUUAAAAGUCUCUUCGCCUUCGCUCGCCUAUGUCAUGAUUCUCUGCUGGCACCCACUGUGAAUGCCGUAGCAAUCCAAAAGCGCCGGUUCUCAGGGCUCUCUUCGACUUUCAUUCAACCGCGUCGCCCGCGACUGCUGGAUACCACCACUGCACAGGGAGGAGAUGGGCAUGUAGCAGACAUGCUUCCCGACGAGCGAUCUUCCUGUCCUUCUCCUGGGACCACUGAUGCAACUGCAUCGGGAGACAAAGCUGGCAGUCAGUUCAGGAACGAACGAGGCGGAAUCCUUGUCGCAACGCCAAGUGCCAAGCUUCAUGGAGCACGCACGCCUUUCCUGAUUCCUACCUUCCAAUGCAUCGUGAAAACAUCCCAUCGAUUGCCAACCUCCCCUGCGACUCCCGCACGGUAUGGUGGAAGCUUCCCACGGAUAAGCCUUCGAGCCCGAGCAACCUCUCAGCAGUCACUUACCACACGCUUUGAUGAGCAAACUCAGAAUUGUGCCUGCCAUGAACAAGCCCGAACAACGUCAGAACGCGCGAUGCAUAUUCAGAUAUCUUGGGGAAGUAAAACCGCCAAGCUGGCUCGAAACCUUUCCCCUCCACAGUCCAGUUUAUGGCAGGGAGAAGACCAGCACCAACACAACACCGACUUGCCAUAUAAUGCGAGUGCGCUGGCUGUAGACCGCGCCGAGACCUCUGAAAUGCGCGCUGGUGGCAUUCCAAAAACUGAAUCGGAUGCGUGCGGCACUGAGCCACCGACAGAGCAACACACGCUUCACUCGAGCAGUCGUCGUCAUAUCAAGCGUGCGACCGAUGCAGCAGCUGCACUGCGCCAGGCUCUGUUGGACCCCGCCAAUACUGCGAUGGAUGGGAAAGCGAAAUCCGCUCACCAGCGCGGCAGAAGCUCGGCACUUCACAUCAGCCAAUAA